AUGGCACCAAUCGCAACUGAAUCCCCCCUCGCCUCCCACCGCAAACAUCCUGACUUCCAAAAGACCGCCGGCGACGACGUCGGCUUCGGCGUCGCCGAAGACACCACCUCAUUCAAAGACAAGCACGCCGAACGCGACUACAUCAAAGGCCGUCUCGCAGGCGCCUACCGCAUCUUCGGCCACUACGGCCUGAACGAAGGCCUAGCCGGCCACAUCACCGCGCGGGAUCCCAUCGAUCCAGAGACGUUCUGGGUGAAUCCUCUAGGCGUGGAUUUCAACAUUAUCAACAAGUCUGAUCUGUUGAGGGUCGAUCACAAGGGGAAUGUACUCGACCAUGGACCGAAGAGCAAGUUGCUUAACAAAGCGGCUUUCCUGAUCCAUGGCGCUAUCCACGCCGCGAGGCCCGAUGUCAUCUGCGCCGCGCAUACACAUAGUGUGCACGGACGGGCGUACUGUUCGCUGGGCAAACCGCUGGAGAUGAUCUCGUUGGAGUCGUGUUUGUUCUUCGAGGAUCAGGUGCUUUUUGAGGGGAAAGGGGUGGUGUUGGCUGAGGAUGAGGGUUGUGAUAUUGCGGAUGCGCUGGGGGAGAAGAAGGCGGCGUUGUUGAGGAAUCAUGGACUCUUAACGGUUGGGCAGAGUAUUGAGGAGGCGGUGUUUUGGUUUUAUACGUUGGAUAAGUGUUGUCAUGUCCAACUUCUGGCAGACGCCGCCGCCGACGGAAGGGGUGGCGCCACGGUUAAAAUCACCGACGAAGAAGCGGAAUACACCAAAGGUAUCGUGGGCACGCACAAGGGCGGUUGGUUUGGCGGCAAAGCGCUGUUCGAUCUGAUUGAUGAGGUUACUGGCAAGAAAUACUGGCAAUAG